CGGCGGCAGAAGUGGUAAACUCUUUGUGUCUGUUGUUUACAGUUUACCCAAAAACAAAAACAACUGUUUUUGUCUACUGAUAUGAAAUCUUGUUGUUAUUGUUGUUGGAUGUGAUAAAGUGAUUGACAACUAUUUAAAACAUUACUAAUUUUUUGAGUGAUGGCCGAUCACGGAAGAUCCCGAGGCCGGGCACGCGGCCGACCAGUUGGAGGCCCGCAACAGCAACAGCAACAACAGCCGCCCAUUGAUAUGAGUUCACUGCAACAGUCGUUGCCAUCCGCCGUAGCCGUAGCCGCCGCCCCCGCCGCUGCUGGUGGUGGUGAUAAUGGAGGCAAUGGUGGUAAUGGAGGUAACGGUAGUAGCGCUGCCGUCCGAGGACGAGCCGGCUAUCGGACAUCGGUCAGGACUAGGCCGGCAUUUGUCAACAACAAACAAGGAUCGGGUGGCAAAUCUGUACGCUUGUUGGCCAACUAUUUCCGUCUGAAUCCGCCGAAAGCUGUCAUCGUCUACGACUAUCACGUAGACUUUGAACCCGAUAUCGACUCACGUAUUGUACGCAAAGGUCUUCUGUACAAUGAAUCCAUACGACAGGUGUUCCGCAAUAAACUCAUAUUCGACGGCAUGUCUAACCUAAAGUCGACAAUACUGUUGCCAUCGCAAGAAACUGAGUUUUUCGCCGUACGCAACACCGAUCAGUCACGGAUUCGUAUACGAGUCCGACGGGUGGGUGAGCUCGGCUGGUCUCAUCAGGAAAUGUUUCGUCUAUACAAUACACAAAUGCGCCGUAACUUUCAACUGUUGGGCUGGAAUCUAAUUGGUCGACACUAUUUCAAUCCGAAAGUAACCCACGAUAUACCCGAACAUAAGCUGACUGUUAUGCAGGGACUGUUGACGGCCAUUAAUUUGCAUGAUGGCGGCGGCAUACUUAUGGCCGCCGAUACUGUACACAAAGUUAUUCGUAAGGAUUCGGUUUUGGAUAAUUUGCGCGACAUCUACAAAGACAAUCCGAACGGUUUUACCACUGCGGCCCGUCGGCAGCUGACCGGUUCGAUAGUCAUCACUAAGUACAACAAUCGGACCUAUCGGAUCAGUGAUCUGGACUUUGAGCAGACACCAUUGUCGACGUUUCCCAAACGUGACAACACCCGCGUAUCGUAUGUUGACUACUAUCGGCAACAAUACAACAUACCGAUUACCGAUACUAGACAACCGUUGCUGAUAGCAAUGCCCAGUCUAAGGGAACAACGUUCCGGUCAGACUGGCCAGAUUAUGUUGGUUCCCGAAUUGUGUAACAUGACCGGCAUAUCCGAUUCGAUGGCCGACGACUUUCGGGUACGCCAGUCGUUGACCAGACGUACACAACAGGAUCCGAAUCAACGGGUUGACCAUUUGAACGAAUUUAUUGGUUCACUUGGCCGACAUCCGCAGAUUAGGGAAGACAUGAAGAAAUGGGAUCUCGAAUUUGACGACUCGUUAGUUGAGGUGACCGGUCGACAGUUGGACUGCGAAAARAUUAUCACUCGCGGACUGACACCGCAAACUGGUAUCAGUUGGGAACAGAAAAAAGGCGAAUUUACUUCGGAUAUUCGCGGUAAACAAAUGUUCAGUGCCGUACCGAUCAAUGCCUGGACAAUAAUCUGCGGCCGCCGCGACCAAAAUAUUACCCAACAGUUUGCCCAAACACUUCGUCAAGUGUUGACACCGUUGGGCGUCGGCUUAGGUCAGCCGCAGAUCAAUGUUAUCGACAACGACAGAACUUCGACUUAUGUCGAAGCGUCCAAAGCUGUUCCGCCCAGUUGUCAGAUAAUUGUCGUUAUUUUACCAAACAAUAACAAAGAUCGUUACGAUGCCAUCAAAAAGAUUUUCUGCUGCGACCAUCCAAUGGCCUCGCAAUUGGUGGUCUCCCGUACGCUAUCGAAAAAUUUGAUGUCAGUGUCGACAAAGAUUGGCAUUCAGAUGGCCUGUAAGCUCGGCGCCGAACCCUGGGUUCUCGAUAUACCUCCGCCAAACUUGAUGGUCGUAGGCUUCGAUGUCAACCGGGACAGUGCGAUGAGGGAACGGGCUAUCGGUGCUUUUGUUUGCAGCACAAACUCUACACUAACCAAAUGGUAUUCAUGUGUAUCGCCGCAUAAAAAUCGCGAAGAAUUAUCUAAUAAUUUUAAAAUGAAUUUUCAAUCUGGACUGAAACGCUAUUACGAUAUCAAUAAAAAGCCGCCGCAAACCAUAGUUAUCUAUAGAGAUGGCGUCUCUGAGGGCGACAUCGAGUAUGUCUACGAUUACGAAUUGAAACAAAUAACUGAUUCAAUUAAAAGCAUAUUCAAUGAAAUACCAAUCAAACUGUGUUUUACUAUUGUAACCAAACGUAUCAAUACGCGACUGUUUUUACGUGUCAAUCAAAAUCAAUGUCAUAAUCCCCAACCGGGAACUGUUGUCGAUUCGGUUGUCACACGUGACGAUCGUUACGAUUUUUUCUUGGUUAGUCAAUCGGUACGUCAGGGAACAGUUACGCCAACCAUGUAUAACAUUAUCAAAGAUGAUACCCGAUGGGCGCCGCACAGGCACCAGCAGCUUGCCUACAAACUAACUCAUCUCUACUAUAAUUGGAUUGGCACCAUACGUGUACCAGCGCCGUGUCAAUAUGCACACAAAUUGGCUUAUUUAACGGGAACGGCACUUCACCGUCCAUUUCAUAGUAGUUUAAGUAAUUCAUUGUUUUAUUUGUGAUCUGAUUUUGUUGUUAUUGUUGUUGUUUAAAACGGUUAUAUCGACUAAUCAUUGUUUGUGUGUAUGACAAAAAAAAUCUCAUCAUUUUAUAUAAACAAAAAUAAUCAAUUAUUGGUUUAAACAUAUUUUUUAUCA